AUGGAGCCCAUUCUUGAUCCCAACCUGUUAUCCUCAUCAGAAAUCACUGAAAUCCAAUCGAGCAAUCCGAAUCAAGCGAGCAAUCCGAAUCAAGCGAGCAAUCCGAACCAAGCGAGUAAUCCGAAUCCCCCCAAAAGCUCUGGAAAACCAAAAGGCAAGAAAACCAGCGAGACCACCAAGAAAACCACCGAUACCACCGAUGGAGAAGAUUCGACAUCCAAAGGUCGCUCCCGUAGCUACGUUGAAUCAGAAGACCUUCAGCUCUGCAAAUCUUGGGUCGAGGUCAGUGAGGAUCCGAAGAAAGGCACUGACCAGACUUUCAACGCUUUCUGGCAGACGGUCGCUCUACACUUUGCAACUCAGUUGCCCAACUCUGGCCGAACAGCCAAAAGCCUGAAAAGUCGUUGGAGCGAUCGGAUCCAGAGGGAGGUGAACAAGUUUGCAGGAUGUGUGAAUCAAAUUCAAAACAUGAAUCCGAGCGGUACGAACUCCAGCAACCGAUUUACGAUGGCGAUGUCGUUGUAUUCCAAGCUCUACAAUAAACCGUUCACUUUCCUCGGAUGUUAUGAAAUUCUUUGCUCUUCCCCCAAAUGGAAUGACUACUGCCGCGACUUGAAGAAGAAAGAGCAGCCAAAUCCUUCAAACAAGCGAAAGGAACCCAACAGUGGUCCUCCUCCUGCCAGCUCAUCAACUCAAUCGUCAAGUCAAGUUCCUAGCACGGAUACUUCGGUCAACUCAUCAGGAGAUGAGACUAGCGUUCCCCCGACCCGCCCAAUCGGCCGCAAACGGGCAAAAGAAGACCUAUCUGCCGCAAUCACUUCCAAAAAAAACCAAGAGAGCCUGAAUAAGAUGGCCCAGGCUCACUGCGAUAUUGCCGAAGCGGCAAAGAAACAAGUUGCCUUUCUGGAUUCUCAACAAGCGGCUAUGAAUCGGUUGGCCGACGAAUCAAUUAUGUGCAAGGACCUUUCCGGCAUGAGCGAGGCGAUGAAGAAAUUCUAUGAGUUCGAGCAGGCGAAGAUUCUUGCGAGGAUGGAAAAGGAGUCGGCUUCAUCUAACACUUUGAACACCCCAUCUUCAACUAACACCUCCAAUAACACCUCAUCUUCAGGCUGA